UCUGUCAAUUGCUUAAAUCUAGUGAAUUACUUGCUGUUCAAAAAGUUAUUUAAUGGAUAUGCGUUUGUAUUUGUGCAGCAAGUGCUGCCGGCGCUGCUUAUGGGAUGAACUAUCGGAUCAGGAGCAUCGCUGUCAACGCUGCCGACUGCCGGACAAGGACUGCAUCAUUUGUAAUCGCAGAUUCGAGCCACGAGAACACAACGAGCAGCAUUGCAACCGCUGUGCAUUUCACAUGAAGCGCUACAGCAAGCCGUACUUAUAAUAAUCAGCCGAUGUAAAAUCGAACUUUAAGCAAACAAUUGUACAUCAAUAAUUUACAUCAAGCAAAUGAGAGUAACCAGAGCAACUGCACUGGAUGCACUGAGAGCAAAGUCUUUCUCACCGCUGCUAUUGAGGUAAUA